GCGAUAAUUGCACUCGAAACGCUCAAACAUACUCUCGACAAGAUCACCUGUCAGAGCAACUCGUGAAAUCAAUAGGUUACAUGAAAUUUAUGUUUUAAAAUACAAAAAAAAUGAAGAUGAUAAAUUAUAACGAAAGAAAGUUACCAUUGGAUAUGAUCGCUAUUAAUUAUUAAGAUGAAUAAAUGGUUUCAAGAAAAUGUACGAUAUAAUAAAAAGAGAAGAAAACGCUGAGUCCUCCGUGAAAUCAGGAGGUUAAUGAAAAAUAGAUACGAGCGUUUAAAAUAAGAUUUUUUAAAUAAACCGUACUAUCGAUACAGAUUUUAUUUGAAAUAUGCAAUAAUAAUAGAACAAAAUUAAUACUACAUACUUCAUUUGAGUAUUUAUCAAAUCCAGAUACAAAUUUAACAGAAACUAACGAAAGAUGAGAAAGAAAAAUUGUAAAGAUCCUAUAUGUCCAACAAAUCGACAACCUCCAAGGCAUCGCACUACGAGUAACAGCAAAUCAAAGGAUCGAACAACUACAUCAAGAAAACGCAGUCGCGCAACGAGUUGUAGAAACAAAAUGUGCCAAGCUUCGAGAUCGACCGUAGAAAGUUCAACAUCGAUGUCGAGGACACGUACAAGAAGCAGAGAAUCGAUAAAAUCAUGCAGGUCGAGGUCGAUCUGUUGUAGAUCGCGCAAAAAAAGAGUCUGCCACUGUCGCAGAAUACGAGAAGCUCGCAAGCAAGCAAGUCCGCCAAGAAAGAAAAAGCGCAUAAGAUCUCGAUGUAAAACGUUGAAAAAGAACCAAACGCCUCUCUGUAUAUGCGUCAAAGGAUCCAGUUCGCAAGAUCUAAGGAAGAAUUGCAAAUGUCCAUCGACGACGUGCCCAAUGCUUUCAAAAUAUGAUGAUUGUUGCUGUAUAAGAAAGAAGAGAAAUAGAAGCAAGAAAGGAAACAAUCCAAAAAAUAAGCCAAGAAACAAUCCAAAAAACGAUCCAAAAACUAAUGCAAAUUCAAAUCCUGGAAGAGGAAGAUCGGCACGACAAUGUCGCUGCAAAUCACCUACAUCAAAUUCAAAGAGAAACAUAUUUGCAAGAGGACUAUCCAAUUUACGUAGGAAGCUACAACAAUUUGAACUUCCUUUCCGUCGGUAUGAAAAACUAAUAUGCAAUGAUAAUAAUCGAACAAAUAUGUCUAUUAAUAUCUUGGUUUCAAACCUAGACAUAAUAGGAAACAAACAUGCAGAACAUGCACCGACCGAUGCAACUCGAGAGUUUCUUCAAAGAACCGAAGUCAAAAUGCGCCAGAGAGGAGGAAAGUGAAAUUCUGCAAAUAAGGGUAACAAUGAAUUGGUAUUUCUGAUAAAUGUUUCGUUUGUAUUUGCUUACAAAAUCAAUGUAAGUGCUCGAAGACUCGAUGAACAAGCGAAUGGAUUUUGUCGUGCUGGAUAUCUCUCGCGUGUUUCAGAAACACGCUGAAUUAUACAUACAAGAAGGCGUAGACGAACGAGCUGACCCACAGUUAUGAUUCGUAGGCUCGAGGCGAGAGAAAAUUGUUCGUCACGAGUCUUUUGCAUGUUGCCAGAACAUUCGCCAGCAUUGUAACGUAUACAGUUACAGACAAGUGAUUAAUAGUGAUCGAAAAACGCCUGCGUAGUAUCGCACGACAAAAACCACUCGUUUGCAUCGGGACUGAGAGAUAUCUUCGAUUUACGAGCUAAUGGCUUGUACGCUUAAUAAUUAAGUAAUGCGAAUAUAAAUUAUAAAUCGAUAAAUCAUACGAAGGUAUUAAGCAGCGUCCAGUGAGAAUCAUUUUUUGCAAGACCUUUGACGAACUAAGAAUCUGCU